GCCAUAUUGAUUUUAAUAUAUGAUGGUCGAAGGUUGGACUGUGUUCAGAAAUCGAUAAAUGUUCGUGUUUUUGUACUAUUUCUGUGUGGAUUUUUUUCGCUUUCUUUGUGUCCACGACUAGAUUAAUAUCUUGUGUAAAUCUCGGAGCAAACUGGUAUAACGUCUCGUCGUUUACUGAGCGUCAAACACUUUGUAACUUCGACAAGUAUUAUUGCUGUCUGAAGGAUGUCUGCAGCCUCCGAAAAUAAACGCGGCAAUAGGAAAGCAAAGAAGAAGCGUUCUGCACAACAGAUGAAGGAAAAUCAAAUCCCCAAAGCAGCUGCAACAAGUGUGGUAAGAGGUUUUCUUGUAAAAUUAUUUCUAGCUUGCGUGGAAACAUGAACUGUUUAAUUGCCAGAGGGCAGAGGUCCUUGUCUUGCUUAUAAAAAUUGAAGAAACAUGGCAUUUUAGGGUUGAAAAUGUCGUAUUUCGCCGGUUUUAUGUUCUCUAAAUUCAUUUGUCUUUAAUUUUCUUCUGUUUUACGAUUGUGUUUAAGUAAAAACAUAGUCAAUUGCAAGAUGUAUGUAUAUACCGUCUACAUUUUUGCGUGUUUGUUGUGAGACUGCCUCAUAUGUCAUUUGAUACAGGUAGUUGAAUUAAAUACCAUAGAAAGUAUUUGUUAAUGUCUCGCACAAGAUAACAUUGUGUCAGGUUUUAAUAUUAUAUGAAAAUCAGAUAAGUUUUGGAAAAAAAUAUUUCAGGAAAGUAAUGCUACUAUUGUCAUUGAUUACAAUUUCUAUAUAAACAAGCACAAUUGAAUUUAGUGAUUUCUUACUAUUCCUAUAAUAGUUUAAUACACCCUUAUUCUGAUACAAAUUUUAACCUAUUAAAUUUUCAUCCUAAUCCUAAAUAUAAUCCAACCCCUAGUCCUAACAUAAUCCAAUCUCCAAUCCUAACAUAUUCCUAAUCCUAACAUAUUCCUAACCAUAGGAUUACAGUUAGCACUAAAUAUAUAUAACAUGUAAGCCAACUGGAAGUGAAUCGAACUGUUGUAGAUGGUGAAUGAUGAUGUUGGCAGUUCUUGUUUGAAAUCAAUAAUGGCAGUCAUUGAAGUUUCACGUUCAUGCUGUCAUCAUCACUUGCCAUCUGAAGUGGCUCGAUUCACUUCCUGUGGCAUACAUGUUUUUGACCAGCACUUGUGGUAUUGUGGUCACAAUGCUUGUCUUUCAAGCUGGGAGACCCGGGUACAAUCCUUUGUCGGACCUCUACUCAAGGCCUUAAAUUAAUUGAGUUGAGAGUGCUACCUUUAGAGUACAUUGACAUCAGUAAAUGGUUAGAUUUUCGGGUCUUCUCUGAUAAGGAUGUUAAAAUCAUAGGUAUCGGAUCCCCUAUCAAUACACAAAAGUAUGUCACUUUGCAUGUCUAUAAAGCCUCGUUUUCAUGUUUCUGACAUCAGUUAAAGCCCACAUCUCAACCACGAAAAUGAGGCUCUAUAGACCAGGUGACAUACUGUACAAUAAACUCAAAAACGUUGCUUGCUUAAGUUUUCCAUGAACCCCAAACCUGACAACUAGUAGCAACAUAAACUCUGCAGUACAGUUACAGUAUUGUGACAUCAUUUUAUGACAUUUAUCAUUGGCACUAAACCUCUGUAUCCCCAUGAGGAUAGUGGUCUAAAACUAGCCUUAAUAACAGACCUGCCAACCUUAGCAACUAAUAUAUAUUGGCGGGAGAAUUGGCUGUUUAGAGGGAGAAAACCUAUCAAAGCCCUUUUCAUUGGAGCAAUCCGCAGAUUAGUGUCUCGUUCAACUCCUAGCUACACUCGCAGCUCAAGAAGCCCCUUCACUGAUGUUAAAUUGGCCACUAUCUUCGACUGAAAAUACGACAUGAAGACGUGUUUUGAGAAACGUUAGAUUUUAUAAUGUUAACAGAUUCUAUAAUGUUAUUUAGAUUUUAUAACGUUAAUGAAUGUUUCCCUUUUACAGUUUUACUUGUCUCCUAUGCAGCCACGCGUAAAUAUUUCUUAAUAAAAUUCAAUAAGAUCGACAAGAAAUCAGGAUAAUUUCCAGUUGCCAAUACUGGGAGAAAUUUUUCACUACCGGGAGAUCACAGGUCUAUACCGGGAGACUCCCGGCUAUGUCAGGAGAGUUGACAGGUCUGUAAUAAUGUAGCAAUACUACUUGAAAAAUACAAACAGAACUUUGAAGCGCCUUUCGUCAGGAAGUUGGUAACUUGGAUUGGGGAAAUUACAUGUGCUUUUGUCAUGUGAUUGCUUUUAUAUAUUAGUGAAUAUAAAAGUGAUCACAUGGGAAAAUAGACCGAUCAGGUGGUACUUCAUGUACAGUAUGUUUGACCUUUAGAAAACUGGGUCUUUUGCAAACACUGGUUUAGAUGCAACCAUUCCACUAUCACAGGUAAAUAUUUAUCCAUUAAUUAACCCAUUAAGCUGCAAUGUGCCCAAAUAUCCCCUACUUUAUUAUUUUACUCUGUCGUUUAAUUAACACCAGAUGUUUUUUUUUGUUGAGAGUCGUGCGGUUUAAUGGCUUAAGUUAAAUAUAUAAAUGAAAAUAUUAUAUAGCAAUAAUAGCAUGCUAAAUGUAUAUUAUUUAAUUAUUCAAAUAUUUGGAUUGUAUGUAUAUCAUAUCGCGUUCUUAAAUAUUUCAGGUUGUGAACAAAUCUAGUUUCACCCCAUUUCUGGAUGGUGAAAGAUGUAUUUUAUGCCAUCAGGAAAGGCCUACUAUCAUUCGAAAAGGUAACCGAUAUAAAAUCUAAAUUAAUUUUGUUAAAAUUCAAAAUAUUCUGAAACUUGAUAUAUUUCUUAAUCAACUCAUUAACACAAGAAACUGAGAUUCACUAUUUUAUUAUUCUACCCUGUCUAAUGUCAGACGAUCUUACUUGUAAAGGAGAGAGUCUUGCAUUUUAAUGGUUGUCUAUUUAAUAAUCAUUAAUGAGUUAACCAUGAGGUCCCUAAUGCAUCCUGUUUCAUUAUAUCUCUCUGUCUGAUGCCAGACACUAGUCGAAUAAUGUGUUUGACUUUAAAUGGGUUAUCAGACUAUAUAUGUCUAUGUCUCUUGGCUGCAAUACCCGCUAAUACAUCCUACUUUGUUGUUUUGGUCUUUUUGCUUUGUUAUUUUGCUCUUCAAGGAGAAAGUGUUAAAUUUAAUUAAAUUAUGUGUAUUUUGAUAGCAGAGAAGAGCAAUGCUGGGGCUGAUAUGUUACUUGAUGCACAACAAUUUGUUGACAAGGUAUCUGUUAGCAUUUUCGUAGAAAAUAUCAAAAAUAAGUUGGCUAUUCAAUAUAGCACAAAAGUUUUGCCCAGUGGCGGAAAUUCACCAUUUCCUGUGUGGGACUCAAAAACAUUUCACAUAAAGGUAUGCCGGGCCAGUUGUUCCACUAAAAUUUCUGCCACUGCUCUUGCCGACCUAAAAUAAAGGCAGAUUGGCGAAGUUUUUAACAAAAUGUGCAUGUAAAGUUAGUAAUAUUUAAAACUCUAUUGAAGCAACUCUAGAUAACUUUACCAUAAACUUGAAAUACUUUUCUCUUGUGCUCUAAGUUUGCAAUUUUUGGUUGGCAAUUUCCUGACAUGAUGAUAGGUUGCUAAUCAGUGCCACUUAGGCCUAAAAAAACACCUGUGGUUCCGGUUCCCGACCGACCCUAUUUUUUUCUGCUGACCCUAUUAUUUUUUCAACGCGAUUGACAGUGCAACCCUAUUUUCUCCAGGUGGUUACGGGCUGCUGUCAAAAUGGCGUCUGUUGUCACAUUAAUUAUUGAAAAACCAUGAAAAAGAUAUUCAAAAAAAAAUUAUUUCCGACCUACUGACCCUAAUUUUUUUCGCAAUAUGAAACCGGAACCACAGCUAUUUUUUUAGGCCUUGUGAUGUUACAAGGCCUUACUGUACCUCCACCCAUUCCUAAUUAGGACACUUGUUUUUUUUUUAACAAAAUGUUAGUUACCACUUUGGGUGUGCAACAAGUGUCGUACGAAAGUUGAAGAAGAUGAAAGGAACGCUGGAUUGGAUUCUACGUUGAAUACAGUUGUAUGAUAUUUUGAAUACUCUACUGAUUGUAUUACUUCAGGAUAGGUGUUUAACUUUACAAAGUAUAUUAAAUACUUUAUUAACCCCCCCCCCCCUGUGUUUACUGAUCAUAAGUGUAUGGGGGGGGGGCACUUGAAAAUUUGAGGCAACAUAUUCUGUGAUACAUUUGCCCAAAUUUUCUUCAUUUUUCCUAGUGAUUACCUGAAUUGCUAUAGUUUUCUAAAUACUUUGUUUUGGAGGGGAGGGGGGCAGUUGCUCCCCUUUGCCCCUGUCUCAUAUGCCUAUGGUACUGAUUAAAUGUAUUACCUGACCUUGAAGUUCACAUUUAGUUUUGAUUACCACAUUUCUUACCGACUGUGUUAAGACCUCCUCUGCCAAACAUGUUCACCCCCAGAGGGCUAAACAGUGAUUAUUGAAAUGUUUUGUUAGCAUAUGGUAUUGUUCAACAUUAUAUAGAAUCAUGAUAUGUUAUUCCAAUCAUCGGAAGGUGUAAUUAACUCAUUUGUACCAGAAGAAGGCCCAAAUAGAGAUUUGUGUAAUUGUCAUGUCUGUGCUGGUAAAAGGUGGGAGCACAAUUUGUGUAGUAUGAACAUUGAUAGUCAUAACCAGUGCUCCAUAUCACACUCAGGCCUGGCUUAGUGUCUAGCCAAUACUGUACAUAUGUAAUCUCUAAUAGAGUUAUUCCAACACUAGGAAUCCUGUAUCCUGAUCAUGAUGAUAUUUUUCCUAUCAUAUGCAUUAUCACCAUUAUUAUCACUGGUCACCAUCAUAAUCACCACCAUAAUUACUAUCAUUACCAAAACCAUUUUUACCAUUAGCGUCACAAUCACUAUCAUUACCACCAUUAUUGGGCUAUUCCAUUUAAUAUCCGUAACCCCCCCUAUCGAGGACCUUGGAAUUCUUCAGGGGUAAAGUAGUUUUAACCCUGGAAUUCCUCAUGGGUAAACAAAUUCUCCUGUGGAAUUCUUCAGGGGUUGGUUAUUUUGACUGAGAUUUCCUCAGGGGUAAAACGUAAAAAGUCGAAAUUCUUCAGGGGUAAAUGCUGAUUUCUUCAGGGGUAAAUGCUAUUUAACAGGAAUUCUUCAGGGAUCUCUUUUAUGUCGGGAAUUCUUCAGGGAUAUGAUAAAACCUUUGUCCUCAAUAGGGGGGUAACAUCUUUUAAAUGGAAUAGCCCAAUUUGCUCUCAUCAUCAUCACCAUUAUUACUAUUAUCAUUACCAUUAUCCCCAUUAUUAUAAAAAGCAGCAGCCCUCGAAAACGAGGUCGGCAUUUGGCAACGCUGACCUAAAUGCCUACCUAUCAACCUCCCUUAAUUCAGCCAAAGUAAGAAUUUUUUGGUGCUAAUAGCUGUUAAAAAGUCAGCGAUUAUAGAAUUCGAUUCGUAGUUCGAUUAAUUAAACACACUUCGGUGUAAGGUUUAAAAAUUGACGGCUAUUCUAUAUACAAUUUAGGUAAGACUCCAAAAGAAAGGCUGUCGUGUUACUGUAGUUCGCGUUUACGGGGAAAACGGCAUGCUUUAUAUUCCGAUUUCAAUGAUUCGUAAAUACGUGAUUACUGGUGCUCCAAGACAUAGAAACAGAUUUUAAUAAAAAUGCCGAGAUGUGCCGACCUAGGUCAGAUUUAGGUCGGCAAAAAAAUGAUGGUUUUCUAGGGCUGUAAGCAUCAUGAAUAUUAUCACCAUUAUUACUGCAUGGUUACCAUCAUAAUCACUGCAGACUGUAGUUAUCACCAUCAUGAUCAGAUCACUAUCAUCAAUAUAAAAAUUUAUCACCACGAUUUUCAUUAUAAUCAUCACCAUCAUCAUCAUUAGCACAAUUAUUAGACUCUCAUGAAUGAAAUAUAUUCCCUACUAAUUAGGCAUCUAGUACCAGGAAGAACCAAAGAAGUUGGAGCACUACAGGUACAUUCAAAUAGUGUACUCUACAUGUACCUUUAGUAUCUAAAAUUAUGCACUGUCUAACAUAUGUUACUAAAGGAAUACCGAAUGGUUUUCCGUGCAGGAUUGCGUGAUCCAUGCACGAGGGAUGUCGCGAGACUUUCGGAAAGCGCAGAAAUACUCGAGCCGCAAGCGAGUGUCCGAAAGUCGAGCAACGUCCCAAGUGCAUGGAUCACGCUAUCCUGUUUGGAAAACCAUUUGGUAAUUGUUUUAUAAAAUAACCACAGUGAAACAAUGACAUUUUGAGAAUCCCGCGAAAAUCCCGCGAAGGCAUUUUAAUUUCUCGUGCAGGACAGUCUGAUCCUGCACGGCUAUUGACCAAUCAAAUUGCGUGUUUCACUGUAGUUAUUAUAUAAUGGUAGUUACUGUACAGUAACUAACAGGGCAUGCCUGGCCAAAAGCAGGCCAUAAUUUUGGUACUUCAGUAGAAAUUGCCAAGCAUAAUUUAUUUGGCGUACCAAAAAGAAAAUACUUUUGUCAGACCAUAUUUGUUCUCAUUUUCAAUCUCUGACUAAUUAAAGUAGUCUAUUAAAUAACACACAUUUGCUUACUUGUAUGUGGUGCAACGGAACUGGUGAAUCAAAUGAAACAGUGCAAAUAGUCAUCAACAAGUAAUUUUUUAUCUAGUUUUCAUGGUUCGAAGUGAAACAUUUUGUGCGAUGUGUUUACAGAAAAGCAGGAACGACUUUAGCAGGUACUGUACAAACAUCGUCGAUGAUUAUAGCUGUGUCAUCUGGUUUAUAUUUUCUUGAAUAAAAUACCUUGCUCUCUGUUCAGUAAAUAAAUUUGAUCGUCUGAUUUGUAAAGAGUUUCUACUUCCAUCAUAUAUAAAAAAAAAUUAUGUUAAAUUUUAGAUGAUGAUAAAUUAACGAAAACUUCGCUGGACAUGGAUAGAAUGAAGGGGCAUACAGAAAGGUAUGUAUUGAAGGAAUACCGAAUUGUUUUCCGUACAGGAUUGCGUGAUCUAUGCACGAGGGAUGUCGCGAGACUUUCGGAAAGCGUAAAAAUACUCGAGCCGCAGACGAGUGUAUUUUUACGCUUUCCGAAAGUCGAGCAACAUCCCAAGUGCAUGGAUCACGCUAUCCUGCUUGGAAAACCAUUUGGUAAUUGUUUUAUAAAAUAACUACAGUGAAACAAUGACAUUUUGAGAAUCCCGCGAAAAUUCCGCGAAGGCAUUUUAAUUCCUCGUGCAGGAUAGCCUGAUCCUGCACGGCUAUUGACCAAUCAAAUUGCGUGUUUCACUGUAGUUAUUAUAUAAUACUCUAUACUAUAUCCUUUACAGUGCCGUCUGACAAAAUGUCUGAUAACUUUUGAGUUUGGGUGUGGGCAAACUGUAUAUGUACAGGGUAUGAUAAUAUCCGAUGACCUUCAGUUCAGUUUGGCUAAUAAGUAAUAAGUCUGAUUGGCACAAAUUAAUUAAUAGCAACACAAUGUAUUAAUUCUAAACGGUAAAUGUUGUGACGAAAUUAAUUAAUUUGUGUCAUUCAUACUUAUUUCCAAGCCAAAAUCAAUUUGCUUGCCAAUAACAGACUUCGACAAGUUAAGCCCGUUUUCCACUUUACCAUUUCGCUCGCCCCCCAGCGCACAAUUACAUUGAAACAACAUUUCUGGUUCACUUUUUACGCACUGCUCUAAUACGAGUACGAGCCUCUAGUUUUGGGCUAGGGUACAUUUUGAUUUACGUCGGACAAAACUACAGUUCGGUCGGACACCAAUACACUCGGGUCGGACAGACAAUAAACCUCAGUUUCACUUAGAUCGGACAGUUCCCUCUCUACGUCGGACAAUUUCACGAAUGAAUUUCACUAUAUUUUAAGGCCUGAUUGUAUUGUCAUAUUCAUUGUAGGUUGACAUCUCGAGAUCCUUAUCAACUGUAUGAGAGGUUGGAAGCUCAAACAAGGUACGUACACUGUCUUCAAACAAUCUAAAUUUUCUUAGCAAUAAGAUAAUUGUGCUCUUGGAACAUAUUCAUAAUCAUAUUCAUACGUUGAACGAUACCAAAAACUUUUAAAUAACUUCCCAUGAAUGAAAUUCGACUCAGAAAAGGACUCAGCAGGUUUUUUUUCAGGAUUUUCUCUUGGGUCCGUUUUUGCAGAGAAGAUUGAGUUUAGCUGAACAGCUGGGGUGGCUGCACCCUCCCCCCCCCCCCUGACACCUGUACUCAAUAAAUGUAGUUGAGACGGAAUGUGUUAAGGCAGGGGCACUAAGGGACACUAUAAAUUGGUUAAAGAUGGCGAAUGCAUAGUUUUUCUUGUGUUGUGAGAUGAAUUCCAGCCAUUUUUUUUUUAAUUGACGGGUUUCCAACUGAAAACUAAUUUCCACACGUCACGAAUUUAGCUCAAACAACAUCAUUUUUACUGCACUAAAACUUUGGUGAGAAGAUUGAGUUUCAAAACUCAAUGAAGAUUGAGUUCAAAAAAAAAAAAUCCCUGAAAAAAACCCUGCCCAGGCAUUCAAAUUAUAACAAUAAGUGAAGUAUAACAAUAAGGGUCCCUUUUUUAGACACCCUGUACAGUAAUUGCAUGAUUUAGUUUUUAUAAGUCUAGACGCAAUUCCUUUUAAUUUCUCAGGGAGUACUUGGCUGAAGUUCGUGUGAGGCUGAUCAAGUUUUUCUCCUCAUCAUUCCCAAAUUCACCACAACAUGCCAAGGACUGCGUGAUGACGUUACUGGACGAGUACCAGUCCCUCUGUGUCGCCACGGAUAUACUUAAACCUUUCUUCCAGAAACUGGUAAGCAUAGCUCAAGGUUAUAUGAAUUAGCAAAGACCACUGUCAAAAAGGACUAUUUACUUUUGCAGGAAACAGGAUAAAUUCAGAAUUUUGUCCACCGGAUAACUGCGCUAGCUUGAUAGGGUAGACCAAUUUAGUAAAUGUAUAAAACGCAGGUCCGUCGAUCACCACAGCCAAAACUAUUGCAUAUCGCUCAUCGGCCGAAGCUGGUUAUUUUGCUUCCAGAUUUUUAUCAAAGUUAACGAAUUUCUGUGAUUACAGCAACAGAGGACAUAGACGGUCGAAGAUUGGUUUGAUUGGUGGCGAGGCUAGACUACUGUAACUCUAGGAUUUUGAAAUCUUGAGUUUGUGGAAAGAUUUCUUGCUUUUUUGGAAAGAUUCCUUGCAGAAACUAUGUUAUUUUGUUCAUAUGCAGCGAGAAAUCUGACACCUUAAUUCAUAUUGAGUUAUCACUCUUUAAUUUUUAAGAAGGGGGGGGGGAGAAGAGGGCAAUAAUUAAUUGGCAAUAAUCAAAAUUUUGCUACCACUGCUCUGUCUGCAGUGGGCAGGGUAAAUUUCUCCAGCCAAUCACCAGCUCUGUCGCGCCGGAGUUCUCAAACAGGAUGCACUUGGAAUGCAGUCUGGUUCACGAACAUAUACGCGAAUUGUCCUCGAAGUCGUCCGGUUUCGUGCGUCUCUCCGCAGAUAUGAGCCGAAUACAGUCCCAAAUUGAUCCGGUCCUACAAAGACCGCUAGUCUCUGUUGCAAGAAUUUCUUAUUAAUAACUUCUUGUCCUGUUUCAGGAUUCGAAGUACUUCCAGAAAUUUGAAUGGUCGUGGGAGCUAAUGAACAAGGAAUUAUUUAAAGAAGAAAUUUUUGAUGACUCUGUCAUCCAAGUCAAACUACCACUGCUCUUUCAGCGAUUAGUUCGGUUUGUAUUUACAAAACAGUUUAGACUCACCCAGUAAACUCGUCCGCUAUAGUUUCAUGCUCUUUAGAAUUCACCAAGAUUUAUGACACAAUACUUAAUGCUUCCUGUUCAAAGUUGAACAAUAUACCGCAGGCAUUGCGCCUAAAGCCUAUGCUUGCAACUUACAUGUACUUUCAUUUGUCAUUAAAACUUUGUGGCUCAGAUAUGCCGUGUUAAUCAGUGUCUAAACACUAGAUAUUCUUAUGUAAAUUGCGCGGUGACCAUACCUUAUGCAAAAAUCCAUAACCCACGAAUUUUUCUCUUCACCAUUUGUCAGUUUUUCUUAUGUUAAUAUUCUCGCCAAGAAGGCGAGCAUUUCCUUCAGAAUAAUUAUCUGCAUGUAUAGUCAUUCCCAUACAAAUACAUUUAAAAUAGGCGCAAAUUAAUGAGAAAAACAAAAUGCGAGGCCUGAUCACCGUUCUGUAAAUGUUGUUUUUUUGUUCUUUAUUUUAGAGCUACCAUGUCUGUAUCCUUAUGCGGUGUUUCUGGGUCAGAUAAAUGUGCCCAAAAAACAAAACCUGAUCUGGUCAAAAGGUUGGUUGUUUUGUUUGCAUCCUGAGGGGGUGGAAAAUACAGGUCAGCGGGAAAUCUUUGUGUUGUGCACACAGGAAGAAAAUGAUUUUUCCACUGCUUGGAAUGUUUUGGUCUAUAUUUAAUCUCGUUUUGUUUUUCACAACUGAUGUUCAUACUUUUCAUACCGCAGUUUUAGUAUACAUGUAGGUAAUAGUAUGGUUUCUCGUGCAAUUUGGAAAAAACAUGCACGAGUGAGUUUUUCAAAGACUAUCAAAUUGAAGUCUUUGAAAAACUCACGAGUGUAUGUUUUUUUCAAAUUGCACGAGAACUAUUACUUAUUAAUAAUAUGCAUGAAAAAAUUAUGCAGUCACGUGCGUAAGUCACUUUUAGAAAUUAAGAAAAUUAAGAAAUUUGAAAAUUAAAAAAAUUUUAAAAAUUAAGAAAUUGGCACUGAAAAAAAAAUGCACUGCUCUUAAAGCCAAUCAGAAUUGAGAAAUUGUUUCAUGUAUAUUAUUAUACAUUUAAUAGGAAAAAUCAGCGAUACAAAGUUUGUAAGUCGACGUUUCGAUGUCAACAUAACACCAUAAUCAAGACUAAGAUAAAAAUAAGCUAGUUCACUAAGAUUUAAAUACAGAAUUUUUUGUAUAGAAUACAUUAUAAUAAAAUUAAAUUACCAUGUUAUAAAAACAAAGUUAAUGAGGCAUACUAAAAUAGUUUGGACUUAAUUGGUCUGACUGUCCGUUCAAACGAGGUUUAUAUUGUUUAAUAAGCAACAUUUCAUGGAUUAGGCAAUCAAAUUUGUUCUUACACUUGCGAAGGAUCGAAAAAAUUUGAUUCCCUAAUCCAUGAAAUGUUGCUUAUUAAACAAUAUAAACCUAGUUUGAACGGACAGUCAGACUCAAUUAAGUCCAAACUAUUUUAGUAUGCCUCAUUAACUUUGUUUUUAUAACAUGGUAAUUUAAUUUUAUUAUAAUGUAUUCUAUACAAAAAAUUCUGUAUAUUUUUAUCUUAGUCUUGAUAAUGGUGUUAUGAUGACAUCGAAACGUCGACUUACAAACUUUGUAUCGCUGAUUUUUCCUAUUAAAUGUUUAAAGAGAAGACUUUUUAUUAUAUUAUUAUAGAUUAAUAAACAAUUGAUCAAAUCAGGGUUCCCAUGCAUAGAAGCCGGCACCCGCCAUCUAUAGCCUAGACAAUCGCCGGUUAUUUCUCAAAAUUACAAACCAAAAUAUUUCUUCACCGCAUAGAUGUCAAGGGAAAGCUUUCUAGCUGUUGUAAUAUGAUAAUAAUUAAUUGAAUAAUUGAUGAUAAUUGGAUAAAAUGACAAAACCUCCAAAACCUGACUCUCCAAAAUGACUGGAAAUGCCUUCACAAAGAGACGUAUGUACGCCCUCGGAACACCCCCAGGCGAGCGGUACCUUCUGCACCACAUAAUCGCCAACUUCCUUCAAAAAGCCUCCUACUUUAUAUUCUAUUGGGAACUCUUCAAAUAGUGCAAUGUAGAUUACGUGUGAAUUUUCUCCCCACAGAUUUGAAGAGUUUACGUGGGAAAUAACAGACGUUGACAAUCUCUGGGAGGCCGUCAAACCACUACAAGAAAAAUAUGACAAGGAGAGGGUACUGUAUGGCUGAGAUUUAUGCAACUGUUUACAGUAGAUUGCUCUUUGUCGGGUGCUUCGUUAUAUUUUUCUUUUCUGAGAAUUUUCCAUAUAAUUGACCAUUUGCGUCAUAGACUAAAUUUUGAUCUAAACAAGUCUAGACAAAAAUGUCAUCACAGCUUGAAAGAGCAUCACAAAAGUAGUAAUAUUCCAAAGUUUCUUUGCGAAAUGUUGUAAAAUGCGGAUAAUAUAGCCUUGCGAAGUUUGCAAUUUUCAGUCAUUUUAGAUCACAAACGGGAAAUUGACAGCCCCAAAGGGUAUUGGGCUGUCAAUUUCCCGUUUGUAAUCUAAAACCAUUACGCAAGUGGUCAAUUUGGGUAUAUUCGCAAAGUUUUGGAAACUAACCAAAACCACUUUGUAAGACACUAGUAUACAAAUAAUGAAUGUUUCUUCGUGCAAUGGUAAGAAUAUUUUCAUUCGGUGAAAGAUGGAAUGUUCCAUUCAACCAUAGUAAACUGUGAUUCAACGAGGCGACAGCCGAGUUGAAUGGAACAUUCCAUCUUUCAACGAAUGAAAAUAUUCUUACCAUUGCACGAAGAAACAUUCAUUAUUUGUUUUAUAUAAUACCAAAAUAGACUAAUAGAUUCGUAUGAGAAGCAUUUUGAGGGAUGCGAUUAAUCGAAAACACAAAGAGUGCAAUUGUACUAUACGUUUUAUUCCAUUGCACUCGCGGAGAGUGCAAUGGAACGUGUUCCAUUGCACUCUUGGGAAAUGGAAUUUUCUAUUCAAUAUCACGUGACCAUAAACAGCCAAUUAAAUUAUUAGAAUUUAAUAAGGUAUUAUAUAAAACACCAAUGGAACAUAGAUUAGAACAACGAGGAAAGCAAAUGGAACACGGUUAUGAACGCAUUCGGCACGCGUUCCUUAUGUGGUUUUUUUUUGUCAAAACGCCAUUCUUCACUGUUUUGUAUUGGAUCUCGUCAAACUUAUGUUUACUUUCAGAAUUUACAUGAAAGAGGAGAACGUGAAAACUGGGAUGAACCAUUGAAGGUAACUUGGUUAUUUGUAUUGGCUUCAGUAUUCCCUACUCUACGCGAGAUUCUAAAGUCAUGUUUAUAAUUGGCCUGUCUUGGCCAAUUUUGUUGAGGCUGUUUGGUUGAUUAAAUUUGUCAGGCAAUCAGCGACGCGAAAGCAUGGCAAAUAUUUAAAUGUAAACAACUCUUUCAGCACUCUGGGGCAGUUGUUCAAAGCUGGAUUAGUACUUACCCUCGGUUAAAAUUUCACCUGCUGUUUUAGUUUAAACUCGUCCCUUGACAUGAAUUAAUCGAAGUUCAGAAAAGAAAACCCCUACAGUAUAUUCCAGACAAGAUUUCUGAAGAAAUAUUUCCAAAUUUGAUUUUUUUUUCCUGUGUUGGUGUAAUGUACUCAGGUGAAUAUGAUGCUCGUGAUGUUACUCUGAGUGUAUAUCCGCACCGGGCAAGCUUGAAAAAUAUGCCUGGCCACGGUGGGAAUCGAACCUACGACCUUUGGAAUACUAGCCCAAUGCUCUGCCAACUGAGCUACGCAGUCAGGUCGAUUAUAGAUUGCAUUGGUAUCGAAGGAACUAGACUCGGUUCCGAAAUAUCACAUACUCGAACCGACCUGACCGCGUAGCUCAGUUAGCAGAGCAUUGGACUAGUAUUCCAUAGAUCGUAGGUUCGAUUCCCACCGUGGCCAGGCAUAUUUUUCAAGCUUGCCCGGUGUGGAUAUACACUCACAGUAACAUCACAAGCAUCAUUCCCAAAUUUAUAAACAAGUUGUUGGGAAGUUUGUUUUGAAUUUAGGUUAACCUUGGGUUAAGCUAAUCGGCUUUCGAACAUCUGACCCUUCAUGUACAUAAUCGAACUAAUAGCCAUGCAAUUAGCCAUUCCGAAGUUGAUGAGUGGACUGGGGACGAGUGUUAAAAAGUGCCCAAAUUAAGAAAUGAACCAAAUCACUAAAAAGACCACCUCAAGUAUACAAAGUGUGAAGACGUUUACAUGAAUAUCCUUCGAAUGAUAAGCUUUCGAAAAUCCGAUAUUUACUAUGAAAUGUAUUGUAAUUUUUGUUUUUCGGACGCGCUUCCCAAAAGCAAUCUUUUAAUCAGUAAUUUCAUAAUUUUCGAAAGCUUAUUAUUCGAAGGGUAUUCAUGUAAACGUCUUCAAACUUUGUAUACUUACUAAUUUUGAGGUGGUCUUUUUGGUGAUUUGGUUCAUUUCUUAAUUUGGGCACUUUUUAACACUCGUCCCCAGUCCACUCAUCAACUUCGGAAUGGCUAAUUCCACCAACAGCCAUGCAAUUCCACUAACAGCCAUGCAAUUCCACUAACAGCCAAGCGAUUCCCCCACCGUACUACUGCUAAAAGCCCAUGUGAUUGGCCGACAAAAUGUGAUUGGCCGACACAAAUUGAAGUUGAAAAUUUUCAACUUUUAACAAUGAUAUUUUCGGAAAAUUUUCUGACCGUGGAAAUUUUCCUUGAGUGGAAAUGGGCCUUUGUACCUCUCUACUUAUAUCUUCUUUAGAAAACGAAGCAAGAGAAAGACGAGGAGAUGUAAGUGUUAAGACUGUCAGUUCUAUUGUACACUGUUCUCUCUAAUGCCGGUUUUCCACUAGGCGGAAUUUUGCGCGGGAGCCUCAUUCUCGUGAAUUGUUCGCGAAUCGUCGUGAUUCCCGAGAGCGAGGCUCCCAGACCAAGGAAGUAUUCGUGACGUAAUUAUCGAAAGGAUGUAUUAGAAAACUCAAAACUGCAUAUUGCAGCAAUCAAGCUCCGAUCAAUACACAUGUAUUGAGCUCAUUAUUAUCCCCGUACAUGUGACCUACAGUAGCAGUGAUUUAUUUGUACUUUUAUUGAUAACAAUGUGCAUUCGUCAAUGUUAGGAGACUAUUAGUAGCAUUUUCCGUUCACAAAAAUUCCAUCCCUGUUCCUUUCAGCUGCGGUUGUGAACAAUGCGACUUACUAUCAAGUCAUAUCGCAUCCCCAAAUGAUGUCUCGAAUUCCUUAUUAUCCCUAAAACGUUCCCUAUCGUCCUCGAGUUCCUCUUCAAGUUCACGCAGUCCUACCCAAUACUGUUCCAGGCAUGCGCAGAACGGUUCUACUGAUGAUGACGACCUGUCGAAUACAACACAGCUUCUACCUACGGCAAUGUUUCUCAAUCGUUUGACCAAUUCAAAAUGUGCAACAUGUAUCCGUGAAGCACUUCAAUCGUUUUGCUUUGAUCAGGUGACAAUCCAAUUUUUUAUCUUCAGUGACAGCAGAGGAGUUCUCUUCUACGCAGAGGUUUCACGUGGAGAAUUGUGCGCUCCUGCGUUCCUCUCUUGCAUGUGAUCAGCGGAAACCUCUGCGAGGAGAGAGGGACAGGAGUAUAAGACUGGGAAGUAUUGUAGAACAUGAAAUUUUAGUCUAGAUCUUGAGAAGAUGGUGGCAAGUAAUUUCAAAGUUUUUAUGCAGCUCUAUUUAUACUGGGUAGCUCGUUCGAAACUCCUAGCGGUCAGGAAUAACUACAGGAGGAAACCUAAAGUAAAAUAACUUUAUUUACACUGGAAAGCUCAAUCAGUUCUAAACUGUUCUUCCUACAGAUCCAGUUUUUCCAGAAUGCCUUAUUCAUUUAUUGGAGUAUCAGGUGAAAACCUGUGGUGUUUGAAAUAAACAAACUUGAAGCACGCCUCUCGCAUGCGACUAAAGCGAAAUUAUAAAUAGACAACUGAAUAUUACAGGAAUGAAAACCUAGUCAAUGAGAUUAAAUGCACAUACACUUACCAUUGUGCCACUAACUCCCAUAGUUUGUGGCUACACAUUGAGGCUAAUCAGCUUUUGAUAUACGACUUUAAACACUCAGUUUGUUUCUUCCUAGAACACACCGUCAACAAAAUGUCGACAUCAGGAAGAGCAUGAUCUAUCUUCCUCUCCAAACAAACUCCCAAGUUCCCCCGACAUCCAUCAUAAUUGUGACAAUCACAGCUCACACGACCCGUUCCCGUACAACCACGAUACCCCUCCCCCGGAAACUGCUUUGUCCAUACAGAGUUUGGUACUAAAUGGAGACUCAACCGGGGAAGUUCAUUGCAAGAACCAUGCUUGCUGUACAGAAUGGGAAGACGAUGAUGAGAGGGACGAUGAGGCAUAUCAUGGGCAUGAAGGAUGUCAGGGACACAGGGGACCUUUAUCGCCAAGUAUUAUGAUUCCAGGUAAGUUUAUGCGUCGUGUACUGAGUUGGCAAUGUGAUAAAAAUUUGAAUAUAGUAUAGCCUAUAGCAAUACUUUCACGGUUGCAAAGACCACUGUUGCAAGAUACUUAUCAUACCCCCCCCCCCCGACCUUUUUAGUGUCUACCAUUGAUGAAUGAGGUAGUGAGCAUAUUUAAGAUAGACUACUUUGACCAGGGGAAAGGCCCGGGGUAUCCCAUAGUUGGUAAGAGGGUCUACCCUUUCCACAAGCAAGAUAAUUGAUUAAGUAACUAAGUUGUAACAAAGCCUUUUCAAUGAUGAAGGUAUGAUAUGCUUCUAAUUGGGCGUAAAAAAAAUACGCUGUGGUUCCGGUUUCAUAUCGUGAAAAAAUUAGGGUCGGUAGGUCGGAAAUAAUUUUUUUUUUUUAAAUUUUUUUUUCAUGGUUUUGGCGGGUUUUUGCUGGGCGAUUUGCAGUAGAGUCUCGACAUCAAUAUUAACUAGAGAUGCGUAUUUCCUAUGGACGAAUUUAGGCAAUUUGGUUCAAUAAUUAGUGUGACAACAAACGCCAUUUUGGCACGCUGUAUGAGCAGCCCGCAACCACCUGGAGAAAAUAGGGUCGCACAGUCAAUCGCGUUGGAAAAAUAAUAGGGUCGGCAGAAAAAAAAAUAGGGUCGGUCGGGAACCGCAACCACAGGUAUUUUUUUUUUACGCCUUGGGCAAAUUGCUAGAGGCUUGGAAUAUGUUGGCAAUUUAUAUUCACAGUGCCAAAAUGAUAGGGCCAAUCAUAUUUUUGGCCAGGAGCAUUUGAGAUUAGCAUAAUAGGCAAUUUUUAGCAUAAUAUGCCUGUCCCUUUUAUUAGACGUAACCAGGACUGUCCCUUUUAUUAGACGUAACUAUAGUCCCUCUGGCAAGAAGAUGGCCAAAAUCCUGAUAAAUCAGGGGUGGAAAAAAAAAUUUUCUUUCUGGGAACCUGGGUCGAAGGCUAGAAAUUUUCUGUAAAAUUUGUAAUGUUACAAUUACAAAAAUAACAAAACAAUUGCAUAAUUAUUGUAUUAUCUGUACUUUAAUAAUGGGCUUUAGGCUGGUUUUCGUACGCUUGUACAUCACAAUAGUUGUCUGUUAUAUACCACAGUAUGAGUUAUGACCAACUAGUAAGGAUCUUGAUUUUUUCUGUGUUGGUGUUAUGUACUAAGGUGAAUAUGAUGUUUGUGAUGUUACUCUGAGUGUAUAUCCACACUGGGCAAACUUGAAAAAUAUGCCUGGCCACGAUGGUAAUUGAACCUACGACAUGUGGAUUACUAGCCCAAUGUUCUGCCAACUGAGCUACGCGGUCAGGUCGGUUCGAGUAUGUGAUAUUUCGGAACUGAGUUUAGUUCCUUCAACAUCAAUGUAAUCUAGUAUUCCAAAGGUCUUAUAGGUUCGAACAUCAUAUUCACCUGAGUACACAACACCAACACAAAAAAUCAUGAUUUUUAGAUUACAUUGAUGUCGAAGGAACUAAACUCAGUUCCGAAAUAUCACAUACUCGAACCGACUUGACCGCGUAGCUCAGCUGGCAGAGCAUUGGGCUAGUAUUCCAAAGGUCGUAGGUUCGAUUCCCACCGUGGCCAGGCAUAUUUUUCAAGCUUGCCCGGUGUGGAUACACACUCAGAAUAAUAUCACACACAUCAUAGUAAGGAUCUAACGCUUAACUAAGUGUCCUAUCAUCUUAUUUAUUCCAUCACUUUUAUUUCUGUACUACUUAAUUUGCAUUUUAUUGGAGACUUUGCAGAGCAUAUAUUUACCAUUUUACCAGUCAUUGUGAUGGCAGUCGUGGGUAAAACAAUUAAUUUCUGUCAAAUAUUUAAAAGCUGCUGGUGUUAGCGUGUACAGUGUAAAUAAAGUAGAAUAGUUGUAACUUGAGUAAACAGAGUUAUCUCAAAAUGUUGAAAUAUUUUCUGGAAAAUUUUCUGCAAAACUCUCAACUCAAAAAAAUUUCAGGGAACUAGGUUCCCAGGUUCCGAUACUUUUUCCACCCCUGAUCGGCUGAUCCUGAUGCUAUUUGUUUUAAAUUUGUAAUGUUUUGAAUUGGUGGUUUUCCGUGUUCUUUCACAGGAAAUAAUCUGGACGUGGAAGCGCCACCAUCUUCUCCUUCGAGUGAUCGUAGUGUAGGUGAUGGCAGUUCUUGCGACACGCCUACCAGUCGUAGUUCCUUAUCUGAAGAUGGCAAAUCAAAUAAUGGAAAAUAUUGUGAUUGCUGUUACUGUGAAUUCUUUGGACAUAGCACUGUAAGUUUUGGAAUUAUAAUUAAUUUUGCAAUCGAUGUAGACGUUAUUCGCCAAUGUACAAACCAAUGUACUACAAGGUGUAAUUCAUCUAUUUAUUAUAUGGCAAGCUUCACUUCCGUUGAAAUGGCGGACUGUGAUUGGCUGAGAAGCACUUUCACCGGUCCAUUAUUUUCCCGUAAACGCGUACAAAACAAAACAGCAAAACUAACUGAAAAUUUGAAAAUUAUGAUUUAAUUUGUUAUUAAUAAUGUAUCUGCGAAUGGUUUUUAGUGGAAAAGAAGGAAUACAUUGGUAUUUUUUGUAACUGUGCUUCGACCAAAUGUGUACCACGCUUGACGCUACUAAUACGCAUUUCAAAUGAUGCAUUCCUUGUUUGUUUGAAGUAUAAAUGCAUAUAAAUGUCAUAUAAUAAACUUUUUAUUAACCUCGCUUGCUUGGUAUAUGUACAGAGAAAUAUUGGACGUCGGUCUUUUUGUACAAACCUCGACCGACGGGCUCGGUCUGUACAAGAAAGGCCUCGGUCCGAUAUUUCUCUGUACUGACCUCGCGUUCGGUUAAUAAGAAGUUAGUAACCGUCAGUUAUGUUUGGUUGUAUUGUAUUGUAUAUUGACAUCGAUUGAACUUAUUGAACUUUAUUAACAACGGUACUAUUUCACCAAAAUAUUUACAAAGAAAGAUGGGUGGGUGUGAUUUUCCAAUUCAAACUAAAUAUACUAUAUAUACAGUUAUAUAUACAAGAUUUACGUAUGUCAUAUUUUUCUUCCUUUCUUCGAUAGCCUGCGGUAGCUCAGACAAGUCAUAAGUUUGUUGAAAUGAGAGAGAAGUUACGAUUACGGUUAAAGGAGAAAAAGGUCAGUGAUCGAAUUUUUACCACUUUCACGCGUUAGGCGUAAAAAAAAUACCUGUGGUUCCGGUUCCCGACCGACCCUCUGCCUCCUCCGCAGGCUCCUCUAUAUAGAUCAAAUUUAAAUAUCAGUAAUAUAUAGAUCAGCGCGUGCACUGCAAGCCCGAUAAAGACGCACGCCUUUAGGCGCACGCCCGCAACUAAGGACGAGCGCGCAAACCCUUCCCAUCUUUCCGCGCGCCCCCAUUAAUUUUCGUUUUUUUCUAAUUAAUUAUUUGAUAGCAAGCGACUGGGGACGAGGCAGACCGACCCUAUUUUUUUCUGCCCACCCUAUUAUUUUUUCAACGCGAUUGACCGUGCGGCCCUAUUUUCUCCGGGUGGUUGCGGGCGCUGCCAAAAUGGGGUCUGUUGUCACACUAAUUAUUGAAAAAACCAUGAAAAAAAUAUUUUUAAAAAAAUUUCCGACCUACCGACCCUAAUUUUUUCGCGAUAUGAAACCGGAACCACAGGGUUUUUUUUACGCCUUACGAUGGAUCAGUGGCUGAGAAAAAGAUCGGUUAUGAUCAGGGCCGCCGAGAGGGGGGGGGCAGGGGGGGGGGAUUCACGAAAUUUUACCAAAAGUAAAACUUUUUACCAAAUCUGGUCACACUGCCCUCCCACUGAAUUCACAUAAAGCGACUGGGGACGAGGCAACUCCUAUGCUUCCUCGGUUUUUCUCCGGUUUUCAUCCUUCACCAAAAACUACCCUAUCUACCUUAUGGCUGCGCAAGAGUCAAACUAGAAUCACUCUUCUCGCAUACGACUGAGGGCAAAAUUUAUUCACUGGCAACUGUAUAUUGUGAAUAGACAUUUCCCAUUAUAGACUAAUUUUAAAACUAGGCAAGGAGAUGCAAAUAAAUCACCACAUCUAGAAAGAACAUACUAAAAUGAGUAAAUUUGCAAAGUUUUGUUGCGAAAUGUUGUAAAAUGCUGAAAAUAUAAAGUUUGCAAAUUUUGUAUACUUUUGUAUUGCGUGCGGAUUUUGCUACCAUUUUCGGCCCAAAUGUGGUAGCAAUUUCCGCACGCAAUACAAAGGUACACAAUAUUUGCGAAUGUUACCUUUGUUAGGUUCUUUGAUGCCAAUAAUGCAGGAAUUAACUCCAAAUGUCUUUAUUUAAUAGUGUAUAAAACACUUAGUAUACAAAUUAUAUAUCUGACUUCGUUAUAUCUUCUAAUCCUCGCUGACUGUAAACCCUUUUCUUAUUGCGCUACACAUGUGCGCUACAUACAUGUUAUUUAUCAAUCAAAUAAAGACAUUUGGAGUUAAUUCCUGCAUUAUUGGCAUCAAAGAACCUAACAAAGGUAACACGAACUUUGCAAGGCUAUAUUUUCCGCACUUUACAACAUUUCGCAACCAAACUUUGCAAUUUUACUCAUUUUAGUAUGCUCUUUCCGGGAAUAUACUUUUUUUUGCCAAGAUAAAAAAUUAGUCUGUAAUUGGAAUUCUCUAUUGAAAGACACAUGCGCUAAUAAUUUUGAAACUAACACCCCUAACUCGAGAUUUUAUAUAUACGAAGGUUUUGUAUAAAAUUUACUCUAUUUCCCUGCAGACGACGGAUCUCUCAGACUCAGAUCAUGCUAAGCAUCUCAGUUGUAUAUCAGAUACUCGUCCUGUGGAUGAAUUACUCACGUUUAUUAAUGGCGAGCAGGACACGGAUGAGAAUAUGAAAAAUAAAGCCAAUUCCAAAGCUGCAAAACGACAAAGACAAAAACAGAAAAAGGUUAAUUAUAAUGCAUUUUGAAAUUUUGCUGCAGUAUUAUGUAACUGUAAUUCGUUAGUAAUCACUGACAUGCAGCAGGACCUCUGCACAACGUCGCAAUUAUCUCAAAACAAUGAGUGAGUAGAUGGCAUGGGGAACAAUGGGAUUCAGUAGGGGUUCAGUGUAGGUAGUAUUCUUCAAUAAGCUGCCCGUGGUUUUGUGUCUGAACUACCUGAAAAAGAUAUCUCCAACGUGGUGGUCCAUUGUAGGUAGUACUCUACAAUAAAUUGCCGUGGUUUGUGUCUGAGCUACCUGGAAAAGAUCUCAAACGUAAAGGGUCCAGUAUAGGUAGUAUUCUGCAAUAAGCUGUCACACAAAAGUCUCAACUACACACGUAAAAAGCGCAAGUUGUUACAGAUCUGCAAACAAGUUGUUACAAAUCUGUUCAGAAGCUGUCGGCAAAUUGUGUUCCCAGUUGUUGUAACAAGCUGUUAACAACUUGUAACAAGCUUUAUGCCAUAAUCAGCCUUUGUUAAUUAUAAGAUUGUUUUAACAAGUCUGAUACGAUCAUAAUAUAACAAGAAUGUUACAAGGUUGAAAACACAAGGUUGUAACAGCCUCGUACCCAGGCGCUUUGAUGUUGCGUGACAUCAAAGCGCCUGGGACGAGGCUGAGGUUGUAAUUGGCUGAUCAUGACUGUAUCGGACUUGUUGAAACAACCUUGCAACAAGUCUGUAUGAUAAUGCCAUCAAGCUUGUUACAAGUUGUUAACAACUUGUUCCAAACCUGUUGACAACUUGGGACAAGCAGUGCGAGCACAACUUGUUGACGACUUGUUCGCAGACUUACUACAAGAUAAAAACAGAUUUCAUGUUUUCAAAGAUCUUUUCAUACAGUUCAGACAUGGACCAUGGCAGGUAGUUGAACUGAAACGUUUCAUUUUCGACAUUUCUUUCAUUUCAUUUCAGGCUGCGGAAAAGGUAACAGUUGUCCCUGAGACACACGGAUCAUGUUUAUUAACCUCAGAUGAAGUCGACGACGAAAGACCGCCAUUAUGUGAAGAAACUUCUAAGAAAAAUACGAGACAGAAAAAACCUGGCAAGGCGAAAUCACAAGAAAAUCUAACAGAGAGGGAAAACGCUAAAAAUCAUGAAAAAACAUUAACAAACGAUGUCAACCAUGAUACAACAGCCAACAGACGAGGCUCACUUCACGAACCGGGCGAGAAUACGUUUGACGAAAAACCCGCACCUGUGAAACAGGGGCCUGAGACCGGCAACCAUGUAGAUAAACGAAAAAAGAACAAGGAGAAAAAAUUCGCGAUAAAUAAAUCGGGAGAAAACGCUCCAGAACGGCGGGUAAUUGUUAAUGGGUCUGCGCCGGAAGCUGGCACUUACGUGGAACACACGCGUGGCGUGAAAUUGCCUGUACGCGAAGAAGCUGAACCAAAGCAUUGUGGGGAGGAAGCUCCGGCACAGGAAACCCAAACGGAAAAUCAAGGGAGAAAGACAAAAGGUCGGAAGAAGAAGAAGGGGCAAAAUUUGGGUAAGAUAACAAAUAUUUACAAAAAAAAACCAGUCCAACAAACAGGCCAGGGGUUUCAUAUAUAUUGAUAUUUAGACCAUUUUACUUUUGGUAUACAGUGUUUUAUUGUUAAAAUAGGUUGAAAUCGGGUAUCAAGUUUCUCACAUUUACCCAGGAUUAAGUACUUCGGCAGACAGACGUAGCCUAGAAUUUUAGGUAUACUGAUAUAUUGAGCCAGUAUUAUCGAGUAUAUUGGUCCUAAACAAAGUUAGCGACAUCAACCGACGUUAUAUUUGAUAAGGGUAACACUAAACAAAAUUACAGCUUAACGAUUUUUACACUGGGAUUACUGUACCUCUGAUUGAAUUAUUACGUGAACAAGAAAUGAUCGAAUUCUUUGUUUUCUUACAGAUGACGUGUUUCUUCCCAAAGAAAACCUCACGGUAAACUUUAUAUAUAAAUAUAAACAUAGCUUUAAGCAGCUUCCUAAUCAAAAUCUUUCAACCACCUGACGAUCCUAAAUCUAGGUGGAACCGCUGGUAGUGAUAAAGACCUUAAGAUAAGAAAAACUGCAAUAUAUAAAUAUUUUAUGGACUUUACUUUGUCUGGAUGACGAUACUGCCCAGCUCGUGAAGUAUAUUUGACUGGAUCGAAAUUCAGUCCUAGGAUGCAUCAAAACUCUUCAAUGAGAUGUCAUUUCAAACUUCAAAUUUGGACGGGACUAGCCUGCGGGUAUAGCCUGCUCCCAGCCCGAAAUUUCAUUCAAAGGAAAAUUUUCCUUUUCACAUUUUCUGGUGGGGGCUGCAACUCGGAUACCACCAAACAAUGUAAGGCCAACCAUCCUUUGGCGAUGUCUGGGACUGCUCAAAGGUUACGGAUACCAAAGUGGUAGAUUCACCAGAAUGUGACAAAUCCCAGAAACGCCACUCCGUUAUUAGACUUUUUUGCUAGAAUUACUGUGACGUCACUUCAUUUGUUAAACUUUUUGCAACACGCGACGCAAAGGAAAAAUACUCGGCAGACAUUUUUUAAGCCGCGGGAAAACCGCGUGGAUCAGAUGUCCUCGCAGUUAGCUCCAGUCCUCGGAUUAGAAUAAAUCGCUCCAGUCGAGAUUUUGAAAUAUUUCAUAAAGGGUUAGUUAAUUUUAUCUCCUUUUUUUUCUUCAGAAUGGUCAUAACUGUGCGGUAGAUGAAGCCGAACGUGAAGUCGAAGAAUUCAAACGGUAUGAACUAUAAAAUAUUUGACCGUGGUGGUUGUAUACAGCGCACAUUUCUGCGUGGAUAAAUAAGGCUUGGCCCUCACCGGACCUUUUGGGAAAACCGUUUAGAACUGAUACUGAUAGAGUUAUUCAAUGUAAAUAAAGUUCAGGUUUCCUUCUGUGGUAACACUGGAUCAUUAAGGGAUACCCUUACUGGACCUUUAGGGAGAACAGUUUAGAACUGAUGGAUCUAUUAGUUUAGGUGAAGGUUAGCUUUGCUCCUACAGUAACACACGGUCGAUAAGGAAUGGCCUUUAUUGCAUGGGCACUAUGGGCAGACCAUUAGAUUUUUUUCGGGAGCGGGUACAGAAUCCCCAAAAAAUAUCGAGCAAAUACUUCAACUUCAAAAAAAUAUCGCACAAGAACAAACGGACAGGGAAAAAUAUCGAGCAAUACAUUUUUUAUAUGUGCCCACGAAAUAGAAAAAGUCGUGCCAAAGCCUUGAACGACAAAAAUAUCGAGCAGCAUUAGGAGGUUAAAAAAUUAUCGUGCUCAAUGAAAAUCUAUCCCCCCCCCCCCAAUCAAAAAUCAAACGGUCUGCCCCUUAGAUCUCCUAGAGCUGUAUAGUAUCAAUAAUGUAUGUUGAAUUUACUUUGAAUUGUGCUUGUUUGGGAUAACUAACUUCACAUGGUAACACCAGUUUUAUCCACGGAAAAUUUAUACUCGUUCUUUCACUAUUUCAGAUUCUGUGCAAGUGCCGCUCCUGUGACAAGAAAGCUCAAAUUACCUGCAAAUGUCAACCUCAAAAAUCUCAAUCUGGGCCCUAAGAAAAGCUAACCACGUGUCAAUGAAUGGAUAAUUACUGUUUGUAUUAAUAAAUAUUAUUGAUGCAGUUUAUUGUGUUACUAUAAUAUGUUGCUAUUUUUUAUAUGAUAGUAAAUUCACAACUCUUCUGAAGUUCCAAGUAAAUAUCAAUCACAUUUACAUGUAAACUUACUCAGAAGUUAUUUCUCAUCCCCUAAAGUGCUGAAUCUAUACCUCUUGACAAACUCGCGUAUUUAAUAUAUAACUGAUUUAGGUGCAAUGCGUCCUAUAUUAUUGGUUCUCUUUGAUGCCAGACGAUUUUACUUUGUGUACUGCAGACAGUCAGAACAAUUUUUUUUUCAGAAUUUUUUUUCAGAUUUUUUUACAGAUUUUUUCGUCAAGGCGAGAGACGUGGGCAUUUAUAUGUGCUAACUAUAUAUACUCUGCCCUUUCACUUUGUCUUUGCGAUUUGAAUUAAUAUAGACAAAUUUGGCUAUAACGUUUGUUUAUACUCAAUUCACGACUUUAGAUAAUCCACAUCAAGGCCGGAUUAACCACGUGGCAGAUGCGGCAUAUGCCGCGGGUCUCGCGCUUAUGGGGGCCUCGCGCUUUACUGUGCCACGCCCAUUUUUACGAGAACACGUCCAUUUUAGGUACCUCGCGAAUUUAGAUGCC